AUGUCACAGCCAGCAGCACCGGCAACACCAGCCGUAUCAGAUCGCCUCAAGGCUGGCUCCUCCCUCGGAGUCGACGGCUUAAUCAAGUCCCCAAACGGCGACUACGCCUUUGUUCUCCAAAGCGACGGCAACUGCUGCGCGUACGCACCAGGCGGCCGGCCCAUCUGGUGCUCCAACACCUGGGGUUACCCCAAGCCUGUCACCUGCAUCUUGGAGACUGACGGCAACCUGAGGCUACUUGAGAAAGACGGCGAUGAGAGGUGGUCUAGUGGUAGUGGAGGUCAGGGUACUGCUGAUUCUGAACUAAUUAUUCAAGAUGAUGGGAAUGUUAUCAUUAGCACGGAUGGCAAGGUCUUUUGGAGCACAAACAGUGCACAGGCUCCGCUGCCAACGCCUGCAGACACCCCGGCAAACCCAUCCAGCCCUACUACCAAGCCUACUGUGCCACCACCAGCUCCAGCUCCCACGGACCGCCUCAACCCCGGUACCGCCCUGAACAUCAACCAAACCCUGGUGUCCACCAACGGCAAUUACACGCUCAUCAUGCAACCUGACCACAACUGCGUGAUGUACCAAAAUGGCAAGGGCCCUCUUUGGUCCGCAGGUAUGGCACCGGGUCUUCCCGCGCAGAGCCUCCUCUUCCGUGCUGAUGGAGAGCUCGAGAUACUCGAUACCUCUGGAGAUCCCAAAUGGCAGGCUGGAACGGCCGGUAGAGGCAAUAGCACUUCUUACUUUCAGGUCAGAGAUGAUGGAAACAUGGUCAUCUGGACUGAUAACCAGAUUGUGUGGUCCUCCAGAACAGGUCCGGCGUACCCAAUGCCGGUAAAGAACCACAUCGUUGGUGGACAGAGGAUUUUGCCAGGCGAGUUGCUUACGUCCACCAACGGUAACUAUACUCUCACCCUCGGCCUCGACCUCAACUUUGUUCUGGCCCAGGGCUCUACAACCACAUGGUCUACAGGCGCGGGCGACACCGAAAGUGGCGGCUGGGUUCAGGUCGACACCACAGGCAACAUGGCAGUGAUUGCAAGCUUUCAAACCCAAUGGUCAUCGAACACGACGUUCCGAAGGACUCCUGGAAACUGUGUUCUGAAGCUGGGCAACGAUGGCGUUGUGGACCUCAAACUUGAUGAUAUCGUCGUUUGGUCAACGGAUGCAUCCAAGGUGCAGACAUAUGUGCCUCCUGAUUUCAUCGCCUACACAUCUGGCAACACAUUACUGCCUGGACAAUACCUCGCAUCCGGCCAGUCCAUGACUUCUCCAAGCGGAAAGAUGACAGUAACGCUCUUGGACAGUAGCCAAUUCAUCAUCCAAAAUGUCCCAACCAAAACCACUCUCUUCACGUCCAGCCCGCCCCCAAACCUCGACACCUCAAUGAUGACGAUGGGCUACAACAACGACAUGAUCCUCUGGGCAGAGAACGGUAGAAAGAUCUGGGAGGCCCCUGUCAAUACCAAUCUACGAGACAACAUCUUUGCCCAGCACGUUCCGGGAAGCUUGGUGCUCAAAGACUCGGGUGAUCUGGCUCUCCACGACAUUAACGGGGGUCAAACUAUCUGGAGGAGCAACACAUCCUGCCCAGCCUUCAGCGGUACCGUGUCGGAGCUCAACCUGGGCGAGACCCUUCUCAUCGGCCAAAAGAUGCAAUCUCCAAACGGUGUUCACGAGAUUACUUUCCUCGCAUCUGGUGGUCUUCAGCUCAGCAACACUAGCCUCAACACCAGUGUCGUCUAUGAACCCCCCUUGACGAGCGCAACUGCCAACUCCUUUACCUUUGGUCGGGACAAGGUGCUUCAGAUCAGCGACGCCAGCAACAACAGUCUAUGGCGUAGCAGCAACCGACAUCCAGCCCUCAACACAACCUAUGCACCCCCUGGCCCAGAUGGUCUCCCUCAGCUGAAUGGUGCUCCAGGGCUCAUCCUUGACAACGAUUGCAACAUCUUUGUCCGCAACGGCGAUGGCAAGAUUCUAUGGAAGAUUUCGGACAUCAUUGCAUCCAUCGGCAACUCUCUCACGCCUGGAGUGACACUCGACAAGGCACACUCUAUUAGCUGCGCCGCUACCAGUGCAGGCACCUACGUCGCUCGUAUCAGCAGCAAGGGAAACCUGGUCCUUCUCCACAAGAGACCAUGGGAUGAAUUCGAGCCGGAGCGACUCAUGUGGACGGCCGGAGCCACCAAUGCCGAUUCCGCCUGGAUGUCAUCGGAUGGGAACUUGUGCGUUGGUUCAGGUGGUACUGCUACGUGGACGAGUAACACUGGUGGUCAUUCUGGAGAGGAUGGAAUUGUUCUUUAUGUUCAGCCUGAUGGGAACAUGUGUAUCUAUGUUGCUGGAAAUCCCACGUUUUCCACUAACACAGCACACUAG